AUGUAUAAAAAUUCAAUCAGAACACGACCAUUAAAGAGGUUCAUCUCGAACCAUGCGAAGGGGAAAUUUGCACUCGAUCCAGCGUACAAAUUGAAAUGUGGUUUGGAGAUACACACACAACUGAAUACUAGAUAUAAGUUAUUUUCAUAUACUUCAAAUGAAGCAGAAAAUUUGACUAUAUCCCCGAAUACUUCAACCAGUCAUUACGACAUUUCUUUGCCAGGUACCCAGCCCAGACUUAAUUAUGAAGCCGUUCUUUAUGCAACAAAGUUAGCAUUAUCUCUAGACUCUGAUAUUAACCUAAUAUCGCAAUUUGACCGUAAACAUUACUUUUAUGGGGAUCAACCUCAAGGAUACCAAGUUACACAGCAUUAUAAGCCAUUUGCGAAGAAUGGUAAGUUGACCCUCUAUGGGGCUUAUGAGGAUAUUAAUGAGAACGAGAAGACCAUAAGAAUAGAACAAUUACAGAUAGAACAAGAUACAGGAAAGUCUUUAUAUGCUUCAGGUGCUGACAUGACGACUAUGAUUGAUCUCAAUAGAUCGAAUGUACCCUUGAUUGAGCUUGUUACAAAGCCUGAUUUUGAAGACCUAAAACAAGUGAGAGCAUUCAUAAAGAAAUAUCAAGACCUUGUGAGGAGAUUAAAUAUCUGUACUGGUAAUUUAGAGACUGGAUCGAUGAGAAUAGAUGUGAAUUUAUCAGUAAACGAUUUUGCGAGAGUAGAGCUAAAGAAUCUUCCCAACACAUCUUCCAUAAUGAAUGCAAUAAAGUUCGAGUAUGAACGACAACUACAUAUAAUUAAAAAUGGUGAAGGCGAAAGACUGUUACGAGACACAGAAACCAGAGGCUGGACUGGCUCAGAAACGGUGAAAUUAAGAAGCAAAGAAACUUCCAUAGAUUACAGAUAUAUGCCUGAUCCUGAAAUUCCUUUUAUUACUAUUGCAGAUGAUGUAGUUCAUAAGGUCAAGUCAACACUACCAGUUUCAGCUGAUGCAUUGUUAAGAGAGUUUAUGAAUAAGCCAUACAAUUUGCCAAUAAAACAUGCCAAAAUUCUUUGCAUAAGUGGUAACCAAAAUGAGAUGUAUGACCAUGAACAAUUGAGAAAGUAUUACAAAGAUGUUUGUGUGCAUUAUCAAAAGGAGUACCCAGAUGAUAAUCUCAAAAUACCAUCCAAUUGGAUAUUAAACGAAUUUAUUGGUAAUUUGAAUAAACUAGAAACAAAGUUGAAUGAAAUCUAUGAAAUACUAACGCCUAGCACCUUUUUUGAGUUAAUUAGACUCAUGAAACAAGGUGUAAUAACAGGAAACAGUAGCAAAUUGCUACUAUUUCACAUUGUUAAUAAUGUAAAGACUGGAGUGUUUACUAAAUCAUCACAAAUUAACUUAAAGCAGCUAAUAAAUGAAUAUGAGCUCCAGGCUGCAGACCAAAUCAAUGAACAUGAACUUGAAGAAAUUUGUAGAUCAAUUAUAGAUGACAUAAAAGAUGAAAAGCUAUUGCAAAAUCUAAUAUCAGGAAAAAAGAAAACAUCUCUUAAGUUCUUAGUUGGCCAAGGUAUGAGACUAAGUCAAGGUAGGUUGAAUCCAAAUGAGUUGGAGAAGAUGUUUCGCCAAGUAUUGGAUAUUAAGUGGUAA